AUGACGAUCGCGGGGAGUCACGUGGUGCUAGUUACCCCAGCUCCCAGCCCGUCUGCCCGCCGGGAGUCAUUCUCGACGACAACAACGUUUAUCAACUCCUGUCUAUACGCCGACAGACCCCAGCACAUGAGGUUCCUACGUCCAUAUCUUCCUCUCUUCCACCGGCGGGAGAUCAUGGCGCUAACGACGUCUACUGCCCACUCCCGAGCUCGAUUGUCUUACCUUGCGCUCUAUUCGGUUCGUCGGAGUUUCUCGGUUUCGGCGACAAAGUCCACCCAGUUCCACAGAUCCGAUUUCACAAACCAGCCGUAUACAAAUAGCUAUGAGACGGGAAUACCUACUCCGGGGCCAUUGGGGUCAACGCCGUCGUUCGGUGUUCCUCGGGUAACGCCCAAGGUGCUGAAACAGCACUUGGAUAACUUCGUCGUUGGACAGGAUCGUGCCAAGCGGGUGUUGAGUGUUGCAGUCUAUAACCAUUAUCAGAGAGUUCAAGAACUUCAAAGGAGGCUCGAAGAACAUGAAGAACAUCUUGCUCAGAGGGCACGGAGAGAGUCGAUGGAAAGCCAUCCGGUAGAAGACGAAUUCCCAGGUCAGCAGCGGACUAUACACCUUUCUGCCCCAAGGAGAUACUAUGAUGACAACUUACCUUCAGAACAAGACCCUCUUGUUGAUUCGUCCAUUAAUAUGCUGGAGAAAUCCAACAUACUACUACUAGGUCCUUCUGGUGUGGGUAAGACAUUGAUGGCAAAGACGCUUGCCCGUGUCCUUUCGGUGCCCUUCAGCAUGUCUGACUGUACGCCGUUUACCCAAGCAGGCUAUAUUGGUGAGGACGCUGAUGUAUGCGUUCACCGACUCCUUGCGGCCGCAAACUAUGAUGUGGAACAAACUGAAAGAGGGAUAAUCUGCCUUGAUGAAAUCGACAAAAUUGCCACGGCGAAGGUUAGCCAUGGCAAAGAUGUCAGCGGAGAAGGAGUUCAACAGGCCUUAUUGAAAAUAAUCGAGGGUACCACUAUUCAAAUUCAAGCAAAACCCGAACGAAACGCCUCGCGCCCUAGCUCUGGGAGCAAUAGCUCUCCAGGUGGAAGCUCAUAUAAUUCAACUUCGAGUCCUUCUGGGAAGGCAGAAGUAUACAACAUUCGAACAGAUAACAUACUCUUCAUAUUUUCCGGAGCAUUCGUUGGCCUACAGAAAGUUAUUAUGGACAGAAUAUCACGGGGAUCAAUUGGUUUCGGACAGCCAAUACGGGCCUCAUCGUUUCAAACUGAUUCGACGCAAAUUAAAAAUAAUGCACCUGUCCCGAUCCUUCCUGGCUCACGUGAAGAAGCUCUUUAUAAACAGUACCUCCCUUUUUUCACACCAACGCAAACACCAACGGCACCUGAUGAAGAACCCGUAUAUUUUAACCCCCUCGACCUUGUUACGCCAAGUGACCUCCAGGCAUAUGGCUUUAUCCCAGAACUAAUUGGCCGUAUCCCCAUCACCUCUGCGUUAUCCCCCUUAUCCCAUUCCCUCCUCCUACGAAUUCUCACCGAGCCUCGCAAUUCAUUAGUAAACCAAUAUACGACUCUCUUUGCUCUCUCAGGAAUAGAACUACGGUUCACCACUGCUGCUCUCCACAAAGUUGCAGCUAAUGCAUUUGCCAUGUCCACGGGAGCUCGAGCUUUACGGACAGAGAUGGAAUCAAUAUUAGCCGAUGCAAUGUUUGAGGCACCGGGAUCAAGCGUGAAAUUUGUCCUUGUCACCGAAGCCGUUGCCGCGCGGAAGGAGAAAGCCGUGUAUCUCUCUCGUGGUCAGAGUGGGAAAUUCCAUGCCCUCAUUGCCGCAGAAGAGGGUGAGUGGGAGGAGCGAAUAAAGAGAGAGAAAGGGGAUGGGCCGAAAGAAGGUAAAGCUCGAAAUCAACCGCAUAGUUUUGAGGAGUGGCGGUCACGCUCAACUGCUGGUUCGGUUGCAGGGGGCGCGGCCUCAUAA